CGUCUGUAUUUAAUUGAGGAUUGUCUUGGAUUAGUGGCCUCAGCUUCACCUAAUCUGUUUUAGUAAAUGACACCCGAGAGUGUGUGGCGUGUGCACCAUCUGUAAGGUCGAGGGAGAGGAAGAGAGAGGAAGAGAGGUAAAUAAAAGGACAAUUGACAGUAGUUUUCCUGAAUCACAGAAAUGGAGGGCCAAAAUUACAAAGAACUAGAGAGUGAAGAGGAAGAAUGGGAAUCACCUCCGCCAGAAACUGAGCUAGGGCAAGGGGCAGACAUGGAGAUGGACGGACAGGGGGCAGGUGAGAGUGACAUGGUGGACUGGAAUGGGUUCCUCACAGGGGAGGCGGUGGCCGAGGCACAGGGGGAUCUAUGGCCCAACUGGGACCCCAAUGAACCCGUGACACCGCAGCAGGUCCUGAGACUAGCAGGAUACACACAGGACUACUUGUGUUGUCCUGAGGAGAAUAUUUACAACAUCAGCUUUUCACGGUUCAAAAUCAGGGACAUGGAGAGUGGCGCCGUCAUUCUUGAUUUUAAAAAACACUGUCCAACAGAGAUCAGUGCCGAGCAGCAGCAGCAGCAGCAGCAGCCGCCGAGGAGAUUUAUUCAGUAUCACUUUUCCCCUGCUUUCCUCAGCCUCAGGGAGAUCGGAGCCACGUGGGAGUUCACAGUGGGAACUAAGGCCGUGAACAAAUUUCGGCUGAUUGAGAGGCAUUACUUCCGCGACCUGCUCCUUAAAUCCUUCGACUUUGAGAUUGGGUACUGCAUCCCCGACACCAGGAACACCUGUGAGCACAUCUACAGUUUGCCUGAGCUGGAGCCAGAGAUGGUUGGAGAGAUGAUAGCAAGCCCUUUUGAAACACGGUCGGACAGCUUCUACUUCGCGAAUAACAAACUGAUCAUGCACCACAAGGCUGAAUACUCCUUCUGCCCGAAGCAAGACGGCAUCAUGUGAAUAAUAGAGUAACUACUUCCUGGCGAUGGUUCGAAGGGUCUGAGAAGGGAUUCAGAGACACGAAGAGAGAAUUGAGAAUGGCGAACACACUCCUUUAUGUUGUAUUCUCCAACAUCAGCAUCUAUAAACAUUUGAGCUUUCCUGGUAUGGAUGAAAUAAACAUUGGUGUUGCUUAUGUAGAAAUUUAAUUCAUGAAUUAUCUCAAUAAGACCACCUGUACAAAUAAAGGAAUGAUUCAAAAAAGUUUCAUUUAAGUUUCAUUAUUUUGCUGUAAUUGGUGUUUGAUGUAUUCAUAUUAGAUUAAAAUGCUAGUUGAUCCACAUGAUCUGUUCCUCCUACUCAACUCCACUGCCUGUUUCCUGAGAGUUUGAUUGCCUAUAUGUACAUGUACUUGUUUACAUACUUGUGUACAUAUUUGUGUACAUGUACUUGUGUACACAAUACAUCAGAUCU